ACACCAGCAGCUCCAGAUGCUACAUGUCCCAUCUGUCUGGACACCUUAGACGACAUUGCCUAUGUGAAACCCUGCUUCCACAAGUUCUGCUUUGGUUGUGUGCUCCGCUGGUCGAAAACAAAGGCCGAAUGCCCCCUCUGCAAGCAGGUUUUCCAGUCUAUUCUGCACACAGUGCUGGCAGAAGAUGACUACCAGGAGUAUGUUGUGAGGCCUCCCAAAGAUAGCUCUUGUGCCAGGCGGCCGCGACAGAGAGCUCCUCGUCGCCCUGCCACCAGGAGGCACCGUCGCCCUGCAGCUCACCCGCAGCAGCAGUCCCCUGCUCCUCAGAUGCCAUCCUCUGCCCAGGACGGCAGCAGCCUGGAGGGGCCUCCAAGCCACAGCAGGCAGAGGCAGAGAGCCGGAGGGCUGCGGGAGCCAAGCCAGAGGCUGUCUCUGCACAGGCAGGCCAGUGCUGAGAGCAGAUCUCAGAGACAUGUGCCAGCGACAGAGGAGGAGAUGCUGAACUUCUGCCGUGCUCUGUACCGCACAGGGAUGCGCGUGCAAAGGGUUCCCCAUGGCGGCCACCCCCAAGACAUCUCCGCAGAGUUCUUCUCCCGCAAUCCGGACAGCAUUCAGAGGUUGCUGCCCUGGCUCCAGCGCGAACUGAGAGUCCCCUUUGGAGUCCACCAGUCACUGAUCACCAUCACGGAGCUCAUCGUCCUGACAAACCUCAGGAGGUAUGACCUGGACAGUCAGGCCUUUGCUGACGACUUAGAGCUGCUGCUGCUGAGUCGCACCAGGCAUUUCGUCCACGAGCUCAUCAGCUUUGCCCAGUGCUCAUGCACCAUGGAGACCUACGACCAGCAGGCCAUAUAUGAUUGCCACUCUCACAGCCAGCACGAAGGAGGCCCCUCAGCGUCAUUAAGCCCAGCAGCUGCUGCGGGUACAGCCACGACUCCAGGGCCAGCCCAGAGUCCAUCCCCAGCUGGCAGCCCUGGCUAUACAACGCUUCCUGUCACCUCGUAUGCAGGCCCCCGUGACAUUGCCACAGCCACACAAUCUCACCAAGAUCUACAGACAAACUCUGACAACAGGGCAGCUCAAGCAGGAGGAGAAGCCCAGAGACAGUUGCCGGCUCCUGCCAACCCCCAGGACAGUGACUCCUCGUCAGACAGCUGUGUCCUUGUGGGAUAUUGGAAGCCCUCGGCAGAGAGAAGCCCUGAAUGCAUUGUGCUCUCCUCAGACUCGGAGCACUCAGCCCCAGCAGAGGAAGCCUGCAUUGCAUCACCCACCUCGCGCACGGUGAAGUCCAAGGUGCUCUUGAGGAUGGGCAGCCUCACCUCAGUCUGA